CACGCUUUGCUUUUAAGAAUGGACCAAAAUACCAGUUUAACGACUUUCAGAAAAUGGAGGCAAAUGAAUGCGUGAUAUCCUAAUCAUAUUUUGCAAAUAAUCAUGGAGAACAAUCAAGAAUUGUGCAAAGACUCCGAGAGGAGAAAGCUUCAAGAAGAUAUCGAACGUCUACAAAAUGUUAUUGGCGAUGAUGACUUUAAUUCUGAUGAAGAUAGCGAUAAUGAUAUUUUACAUAUCGACAUCAACUCAACUGCUGAAGGUGAAGAAGACUUUCGACAGACACCAGGUGGAUUUUCAAGUCAAGCUGCAUCUGUAAUCCAUGAUUCUGUAGUUGUUGAGGAUGACAGAGAAGGUGAUGAAAUUGUCAUCAAUUUAAAUGAGAAUGUUCCUAUUGAUCCUGACACAUGUCUGGCCCUGAAUAAAGCAUACCAGGAAGUCCUACUAGACACACUUAGAUCUAUUGAGAUGGCCCUGAUAGAGAACAGAGACAAACAGGAUCGCCUACAAGAAACCCUAGAUGAAAAUCCUAAGAGAGCCAAAGUUACUGACAGUACAGGAAGGAGAACCAUCACUAGUUACCAAAGGCCAUUCUUCUCUGAUGUAUAUGGAAAUGUUCCCCCUCCUAACACAGAUGUGUUUAUAAAGAGGAGUACAGAAGAACAAAGACAGGAUAUCAGACCACAACAAGCAUGGAGGAAAAACAUGAAAGCUGCAAUGAAGGAAGCUGUGUAUUUAGAUUCUCUGAGUCAACAAACAAGAGAUUUGCUUAACAGGAAAGAGAUAUACUAUGAGAAAUUGUCUAAUAUGAGUAAGGAAGCCCAUGGUGAAGAAUAUGAAAAAUUUGUAGAGAAAAUAAAUGACAUUGACACUGAAGUGAGAAGGAUAAUGAAUCUGCCUAAAGAAGAUGUUAUAAAGAAAGCAGACACAGACAGAGUUGAUUGGAUGAAAAUUUCAAACACUGUGUUAAAAAAUUUACGUGAUCCAACAGAGUGUGAGUUGUAUUGGAAAAACACUUUGAACCCUGCUAUAAAUAAACAUGAUUUCGUAAAAGCAGAAAAAGAUCAACUGAAAAAGCUAGUCAGUAAAUAUGACCACAAAAAUUGGGUAGCUAUAGCUAAGGAACUAGGGACAAACAGAACUCCUUUUCAAUGUUUUCAGUAUUACCAGCAACAUUUAAAUGAAAUAUUUACCAAAAGGGAUUGGACUGAGUUGGAGGACCAAAUGCUAAUAGAAAUAGUAGAUGGCUGUAGAGUUGGUAAAAUUAUUUCAUGGACCCAAGUGUCAUAUUUUAUCGAAGGCAGAAGUUCAAAUCAGUGUGCAUUGCGUUGGACUCAGAUAAACCCAGAAGUCAAACGAGGGAAGUGGUCUGAUGAAGAAGAUACGAAAUUAUUAUGUGCAGUAUACCUCUAUGGGGAGAAAGAGUGGGACAAGGUAGCUGAAUAUGUACCUGGCCGUACUGUCCCACAGUGCAGGGAGAGGUAUAAGUCAUCAUUAGAUCCUACUUUACGACCUCCAGACUAUUGGACCUAUGAGGAAGAUAAACAGAUGUUGAUUAUAGCAGAACAACUUAGAAAACCAGAUGGAAAAAUACCUUGGUCUAAAGCAGCAGAAAGGUUGCCAGGUCGCAAUGAUAAUAUGGUUCUCACUCGUUAUAAGAAACUGAUGGAAUGGAAGGAAAAAUGUGGAUGGUUGGAAACACAAGAUGCAAAGACAAAAAUGGAUCUGGGUUACCUUGACAUAGAAGCAUUGUCCAAGGGGAAAGGAGUGAGAUUUGGAAACAGAUUACGUAAAAAAUCUAAAGAAAAAUCAGUGUUGUUGGAAAAACAAAACCAAGAAGAUUACAGAAGAUUAUCUAAGGAACUAUCCAAGUUACCUGUGGUUGAAUUUAGACUGGAUUAUGUAAAACAACUAAAGGAUAAGAGAGAAGGUAAUUUGGUUGUACCAAGACCACCACUCAUGUAUCGUUACACACGAAGAUUGACCAAAAAUAUAUGGACUCGUAAAAAACACAUGAAGAAUUUAGUGGAAAAACAUCUUUCAAGUAUAAAUGUUACCAAACCAGAAGACAGAGUAUUAAUACCAGAAAAAACUGCCCAAGAAUUCAAACCAUUCACAUCACUGAGUGAGAGGCAAAUGAUGAAAGUCCAACGUAUUUUGGAGAAGAAAAAUCCAUGUGAAAUUUCAGUUAAAGAACUGCUUGAAACAACCAAAAAAGAAAAGCCAAUACCGUUUGAAACAGUGUCUUUCCGACGAGACAGAAAAAAUCGCCUUGAUACUGAAAUUGAAAAGAAAAUUAUGGACAUUCUGCAGUUUAAGCAUUGUUAUAUUACUAAAUGGAGGAAGCCAUGUGGUCGCCCUAAAAAGUUUUAUAUUUUUUAUCCAAAUGGGAAAAAACCAACAAGAUUUGAACCAGAAAACACAGUACAGUUGAGUACAGUGACAUCUACAUUACUUUUCAAUGCCUUAGAAAUGGAUGGAAAGAAAGCAAUGGAAAUUUAUCCAACUCUAAUUGCUAAAAAGAGGAAGAUUUUAAAACCUGUAUUUGAACUUUUGGGUAGAUGUUUCCCUAAAGCACUACCAGUUCCUCCCCCAGUAGUACCAUCAGGAUCGAAUGGAAACGGAACAAAAAGAAAAAGUUCAAAUGAAGAUAAUGAUGCUACUUCUCAAAGACCAAAAAGAAAAACACGUCUUACAUCAGCUACGCCCAUUGAAGAUGGAGAGCAAAUAUUGCCAGAUGAAAGUAUGAGUAGAAUAGUGAAUAACAUCAUAGAAACUACUCGCCGUGAUGUUCUUAGACAAGAUAAGGGCAAGCUUGGGUCUUGCCCAACUUCUCCUGUUGAUCCUGAGUCAAGCUUUAAACCACAUAGGAAAAGAAAAUCAACUACCUCAUAUGUGACAUCUGAUAAACAGCCAAAAAUUAUAACUGUCAAUGUUAAUCCUACAAUUACAACACCAUCACAAAUGAAAAUGCCAAAAAUAGUUCCUUUGAAUACUCAAAAAUCAACUAAAGGUCCGGUUCCAACAGCCCUGAUAACAAAUACAAACACUAUACAAAAUAAACCUGGACAGCAAAUUGUUCAACUUGUGCAAUCUCAGCUGCUUGGUGCUAACACAUUAAAGCCCGGUCAGAAGGUUCCUACAUCCUCACCACGUGUGAUAGUGUUGAAACAGACACCAAGAGCACAAGGACAAAACAGGUUUCCUAUAUUACCCCCUUCUGUGACAACAAUUCGUGGAUAUGAAGAAUUAAUGUGUCAGACUAAUUUGUUAAAGGCAAGAGCUGGGGACAAAUACAAUCCCUAUUUCUACUUUGAAAAAAGUCAAAUAUUGGAAAAUAGAGUAAAUCCUGUUAUGAAUGAGAGAAAUAUUGUUUCAAGACUGAACUUUGUUGAUAAAGUUGAUCGUGCAUUAGAAACAGGAGCGAGGAAGGUAAAUGCAGUAUUAUCAGGUAAAAGUCACAGACCAGACAAAGCUGGUAGUUGGAUGCAUCCAAGGAAAGAUUUGUUAAAAGACCUUAGGCAGUCUGAAGAGUAUAUCAAACUGAAAAGACGUUUUGAUGCUCUAUUUAUGUGGCCAGCUUUCUUAUCUCUGUUAAAACCUGAGGUGGAAAAUUUCUUCGAUAAACAAGAACAGGAAAAAAAAUUGGUUUCAUUUGAUGAGUUUAUGGAAUUGGAGGAAGAAAAAAACAAAAACUUGAAAUUAGCAGAGGAAGCAGCAAAAGAAGAGGAUAUUAAACCUGUCAUGGAGGUGGAAACCAAACCAAGUUCAAAAUAUGCAUCAAUGCGUGGAAAGUUGUUUGUAUAUUAUAGACAGAAAGCUCGGGAAAGAAAAAAGCUAAUUUCUGAGAAGAGAAAAAUGGCUAAACAAAUGCAGAUGAAAAGUAUAGCAGAAAAGGGCAUAGAAAACAUCAGAGCUGAGAGAAUGGCAAAGGAGAAUGCAUUUAAAGAGAAACAGAUUAAGAAGUGGUCAAGUUUGGUUGGUCAGAAACAGAGUGCUAGACUUAUUGAGAAACAGGACGAGAGUGAUGACGAAGAAGAUCGAAAAAUUUAUAUACCUGAACUGCCAUUGAAAAAUAAGAAACGUCAGAAGCUUCGAAGUCUCAAAGCACUUACUACUGUUAUGGAAUUAAAGAAGAAAGGAUCCUCAGUCAAUCAAGCUUUUGCUGAAAUGAGGAAGAAGAGGGCACUUAAAGUACAACUGAAGAAGUUAAAAGCUGCAAAAACUGAAACUGCUGAAAUAUCAUCUCCAAUGAAAAGUGUAGUGCCUCCUCCUGGAUAUGAGAUGGUACCCAUGAUGAUGUCACCAACUUCACCUGGAUAUAUGAUGUUACCCAUGAUGGUGUCCCCAGGGGGUACUUCAACUGUGAAAAUGCAACCACCAGCAACCACAUCAAACUCAAGUCCAAACAAAGUGAUGCAACCAAUGUAUCUGAUGCCGCCCUCUCCCAGUAGUACUUCCACUGCCGGGGCACUUCCAUAUCCUGUCUUUUUCAUGCCAAACUUGUAUGGGAUAAGUCCGUUCCAAACAGUAGGACAAGACAAUACAGGUGUACCAACAGUAUCAUUGUCACAUCAUACAGCAGGCCAACAUAUCCCAACAGUAUCAUGGCCACCUCAUACAGCAGGCCAAGAUAUCCCCACAGUAUCAUGGCCACCUCAUACAGCAGGCCAACAUAUCCCCACAGUAUCAUUGCCACCUCAUACAGCAGGCCAAGAUAUCCCCACAGUAUUAUGGCCACCUCAUACAGUAGGCCAACAUAUCCCCACAGUAUCAUUGCCAACUCAUACAGCAGGCCAACAUAUCCCCACAGUAUCACUACCCCCCAUGUCCAUACCAUUACAAACCAUUGAGGUGGAUAUUCCAACAGUGCCAUUACCACCUGUGACAUCAGACCAUGAGCAGACGACACAAGUUAAUUCUCCUCCUGAACAGUCAACAGAUACUUAUAAUUCUAUAUUUCAGAGUGCAAACCUUUCUCCUAAAAUUAUAAGUGUUGUAGGGGCAGACAAUACUGUUGCAUCUCCAUUAAAAUCAACUACAUCAGAAAAAUCUGAAACAUCGCAUGUUUUCCUUGGAACUGUUCCUGGACAGGGAAGCAGUCCAAUGUUGAUUUCUGUGCCUAAAGACAGUGAUAUGACUGUGAAGCAGCUAAUUCAGAUGAUGGGCGAUAAAUCUAGACAAACUACUGAAACCGUUAUGGAUCAAAAUGAAAUAGGACAAGAUGAACCUACAACAGACGGAAAUAAGUCUUUGCUUGAAGAAUCUAAAGGAGAUAAAAACAUUGAAAUAAAUACAAAUAGAAAAGAUUCUGCUUCAGAAAAUUGAUGAAGUGUUGAUAGACUUUGCAACUCAAAGUGGAACAAACAAGAAAAAUGAUCCAUUCUGUUAAAAAGUUAUUAUUGAUGAGUUAUACUGUUGUUCAAAGAGAUAUUCAUUAUGAAUAAGAUUGUUAAAGAAAAGAUAACCCCGGGAUUAUUGUUAAAAUCAUUCAUAGAUUAUUCAUGAAUUAUUAUCCAUCAUGCCAACUCACAAAGUAAUCACAGAAAAAAAAUAUUCCUUUUAAUCUGAAAUGAAUCAUUUUAUUUAUUUUCACCAAAAAAGUUCAAAAUAAAGAUGUAACUGUGCAUAUUAAAAAGGCCUUGUUCUCUCACCAUUCCAAUUGGUAAAAUGUUUUACCCAGUUGCAGUUUAAAUUCACCUCUAUAAACUGAUCAACUGGUAUAGCAUUUUAGCUCAUUGCUGAUGUGAGAGUUUAGGGGGGGGUAGGAGGGGUCCUGAUCCUGAAAUCCCGGGCUUAAAAACAUCGAAACCCGAUGUCCCGAAUUUAAAAAAAUUUAAAUCCUGACAUCCUGAAAUUC